AUGGAUUUAUUUGGUGUUUUUGAAACAAAUGCAAAUGCAGAUGGAAUUCAAGUGGAGAACCAAGUGGAGGAAGAAGUGUCAAUGAAUGUAGAAGCAUAGGAGAAGGUUGAGGCAUUUAAGAUAAUAAAAAACCAAGAGAAUGAAGGGUGCAUUCAUGAGUGGUACACACCUGAAGAUUACUAACCAAUUCAAGAAAAGAAACAGAAUGCAAAAUAAUAUAAGUUUACUUUGGAUCCAUUCCAAAAAGUAGCAGUGAAGACUCUGGAAUCAAAUGAAUCGGUAUUGGUGGCUGCCCAUACAAGUGCAGGCAAAACAGCAGUAGCAGAAUAUGCAAUAGCCAUGGCUAAGAGAGACAAGCAAAGAGUUGUGUAUACCUCUCCAAUCAAGGCUUUAUCAAAUUAGAAAUACAGAGAAUUGUAAUAGGAAUUUGGAGAUGUGGGAUUGGUGACAGGAGAUGUGACAUUGAAUGAGAAUGCCUUUUGUUUGGUAAUGACAACAGAAAUUUUAAGGAGUAUGCUGUAUAGAGGCUCUGAAAUUGUGAGGGAAGUAGCAUGGGUAAUUAUGGAUGAAGUACAUUAUAUGAGAGAUAGAGAAAGAGGAGUGGUUUGGGAAGAGACCAUCAUCUUAUUGAAUUAAAAUGUUCGAUUUGUCUUUUUAUCUGCUACAAUUCCUAAUGCUAGUGAAUUUGCUGAAUGGGUCUGCAGAAUCAAACGCCAACCUUGUCAUGUUGUCUAUACUGAUUAUAGACCUACACCUUUACAGCAUUAUUUAUUUCCAAGUGGUGCUGAGGGAAUCUAUUUAGUUGUUGAUGAAACAGGAAAAUUUAAAGAAGAUAAAUUUCAAGAGGCAGUAGCAAAGUUGGAGGAAAAUGUUGAAAAUACAAGGAAGAGAAAGGCUACUGAGGGUUCAGAUCUAUUUAAAUUGAUGAAGAUGAUCUAAGAGAGAGAAUUAGCACCAGCCAUAGUAUUCUCCUUUUCUAAAAGAGAAGUAGAAGGAUAUGCUAUUGGAAUGUAGAAAUUGGAUUUGACUACUCCUAAAGAAAAAGAGAACAUUGAAACCAUCUAUAAAAAUGCCAUGAAUUGCUUAUCUGAAGAGGAUAGACAACUACCACAAAUUCAAUUAAUGCUUCCAAUUUUAAAGAAGGGAAUUGGAAUCCAUCAUGGUGGAUUAUUACCAAUAGUCAAGGAAAUCAUAGAAAUUCUCUUUUAAGAGGGAUAUCUUAAGGCUUUAUUUUCAACUGAAACAUUUUCUAUGGGAUUGAAUAUGCCCUCCAGAACUGUGGUGUUCACUUCAGUCAGAAAAUUCGAUGGUGAAUAAUUCAGAUGGAUUCAAGGAGGAGAGUAUAUUCAAAUGAGUGGUAGAGCUGGUAGAAGAGGUAUAGAUGACAAGGGAGUGUGCAUUUUAAUGUGUGAUGAGAAGAUGGACUAAGAAGUGGCUAAAUCUAUGCUCAAGGGAAAAUCAGAUUGUUUGAAUUCCUCAUUCAGAUUAUCAUACAAUAUGCUUAUCAAUUCGAUGAGAAUGGAAGACACAGAUCCUGAAUUCAUUAUCAAGAAGUCUUUCCAUUAAUUCUAGAAUGAUAGGUAAUUACCUGAAAUGAAGGAGAAGUUAUCAGACUUCAAACAAAAACGAGACUAAAUAUAAAUAGAAAAUGAAGACAAAUUGGGUAAUUAUCAUGAUCUAAUCUCUUAAUCUACACACAUCUACAAUAAAAUAAGGAAGAUCAUCUAUCAACCACAGAUUGUCUUACCAUUUAUGCACAUAGGCAGAAUCAUUAGAAUCAAGGGAUCAGAUGGAGAUUGGGGAUGGGGCAUAUAAAUCAAUUUUAUGCAAAAGAAGUUUGGAAAUAAAAAGAAUAAAGAUCAAGAGCAAUCCAUCAUUUUAGAUGUGAUGUUGUAUACAUAUUUAGAUAAUAUUAAGAAUGAACCACUCUAACCUCAAUUAUCAUACGAUCAAGAAGGAGAGUUGGAAAUAAUCAGUACCAUCAAAUUGAAUCUACCCAAAGACCUUAGAACCAACGAAAGCAAAUAACAAAUUAAAUAGACUAUGAUUAAAUUGCUCAAAGAAUUCAAGGGAUAGCCUCCUCUCAUUCAUCCGAUUAAGGACAUGAAGAUUAAUGAUGACUAAUUGGAUCAAUUGCUUGAAUAGAGAUAAUCACUUCUAGAACAAGUAGAAUAAGUGAAGAAGGACCUAAAUAAUUAGAAUCUGGAACAGGAAUUAUCAAUCUAUGAUGAGAAAAUUAAAUUAGGACAAACAAUCAAAUUGCUGAAUAAAUAGAUUGAGGAAAGUUCGUAAAUGGUUUUGAGUGGAGAUCUCAAGAGAAUGAAAAGAAUUCUAAGAAGAUUAUAAUACAUAUCCAAGGAUGAAAUUGUGUAAAUGAAGGGUAAAGUGGCUUGUGAAAUAUCAGCAGGAGAUGAGAUUAUGUUAACUGAACUAUUAGUAAGUGGACUCUUCAACGAUUUGUCUUCUGAAGAGAUUUGUGCUGUAUUGAGUGUCUUUGUGCAUGAUGAAAAUAAUAGUGAAAAGUUCUAACUUAAGAAUGAUAAAAUGCAAUAAUUAUACACAAAAGUGCUUGAUCAGGCUAAAUAUCUUUAUACUGUAUACACAGAAUCAAAGAUGAACAUUGAUGAAAAAGAGUAUUUAGCUACAUUCAAGAGUUAAAUGAUGGAGGUAACCCUGGCUUGGUGUUAGGGAUAGUCAUUCUUGUAGGUUUGCAAAAUGACUGAUCUGUUUGAAGGAUCCAUCAUUAGAUGUCUUAGACGAUUGGAUGAAUUAAUUAAAUAAUUGGAAGAGGCUGCUAAGGUGAUUGGAAAUAAGGAAUUGGAAAAUAAGUUUAAGGAAAGUUCUAAGAAGCUUAAGAAAGGUAUUGUUUUUGCUGCAUCUUUAUAUUUGUGA